AUGGGGUCAGUCCCUGGCCGUGCUCCCAACCUGAACCGCAACAGGGAGAGAGGCCACGCCCUGCUCUAUGCAGAUUACUUUGCCAACACCCCGCUCUUCAGGCCAGAUAAAUCUCGUCGCUGUUUUCGUAUGGCAAGGCAUUUGUUCAAUCGUAUCCGAGAGGGAGUGGUUGCUCACGACCCAUACUUCGAGUGUAAGACGGAUGCCCUUGGCAAGCUUGGAUUCUCCUCGUACCAGAAAUGCACCGCGGCCAUCCGCAUGCUUGCAUAUGGAAUUCCAGGCGAUCUGGUCGAUGAGUAUGUGCAUAUGAGUGAGACAACAUGUCUGAUGUCAAUGUACAAGUUUUGCCAGGCUGUGAUCGAGGUCUUUGGGCCAGAGUACUUGAGGCAGCCAACUGCCGCUGAUACAGAGAGAUUGUUGGCGACCAACGCAGCUAGAGGAUUUCCAGGUAUGCUUGGCAGCAUAGAUUGUAUGCACUGGGAGUGGAAGAACUGUCCAUUUGCUUGGCAGGGCCAGUACAAGGGGCAUGUUAACGGGUGCACUGUCAUAUUAGAAGCGGUGGCAUCACAAGAUCUUUGGAUAUGGCAUUCUUUCUUCGGCAUGGCAGGUUCUCACAAUGAUAUCAACGUGCUGCAGCGUUCUCCAGUCUUUGCGAGGCUUGCAGAAGGCCACUCCCCACCUGUCAACUUUGAGAUCAACGGCCACUAUUACAACAAGGGAUACUAUCUAGCAGAUGGUAUCUAUCCUCAGUGGUCAACUUUUGUGAAGACAAUCUCGAAACCCCAAAGUGAGAAGAGAAAGAGAUUUGCCCAAAUGCAAGAGAGUGUUAGAAAGGAUGUGGAACGUGCUUUUGGUGUGCUUCAAUCCCGGUGGGGUAUCGUUCGAAACCCUGCGUUGUCAUGGGAUGAAGGGAAGCUUUGGGAGGUGAUGACUGCUUGUGUGAUCAUGCACAACAUGAUCGUCGAGAACGAGCGUGAUGAGAGUAUCUUCGACCAAGGAUUUGAUUAUCAAGGUGAAAAUAUUGAGCCCCUGCACCAAGACCCGGCCAUAUUUGAACAGUUUGCCCAAUUCCACCGUGAGAUGCGUGAUUGGCACACUCAUGUGAAUCUUCAAAAUGACUUGGUUGAGCAUGUGUGGGAGCACGUUGGCAACCAAUAGAUGUAUUUGUCUAUUUUAUGUUCAGUCAAGACAAUUUCGAUUUGGUUGUAAAACUAUUUUAUUAAAGACAAUUUCAAUUGGCUUGUAAAACUAUUUUAAUUUUCAGACAAAUAUUUGGGUUCGAAACUAGUUUUAAUGCAAAUUUGGCCAAUUCUUGGCACUGACGGAUAAGAUAGGGCAAAAGGAUGCGGCCGUGCGCUGGGCGCACGGCCACCGCAUCCCAGGACAGGGCCGGACACGACUCCAAAUCCCUACCCAAAGGGACAAAAACCGGAUAAAACGGACGUCCGUUUGGGGUCGCGCGGUGGAGUUGGCCUGAAGCCCAGCUCCAACGAAACUUGUUCGCAGCAAAGCAGAGAUACGAAGCCUGGCCGUGGUCGGGUCCACCUGCCAGCUCCCCCGGCAGCUCCCCUCGUGCAACCCGUGGAACAUUUCCUCUCAAGCAGCCACCAACUUCCAACGGGAUCUCCUUCCCCAAGCUCAA